AAACGAUGGCGCCGAUAUCCGUCAAGAUCAAGCAUGCAGGCAAGGUCCAUGACGUCCCGCUCGACCCCGACCUCCCACCUGCCGCGUUCAAGGAGGCCGUCUACCAGCGCACGGGCGUGCCUCCCGAGCGCAUGAAAGUCAUGCUCAAGGGCGGCGUGCUCAAGGAUGACACUGACUGGCGCAAAGUCGCCCCCAAGGAGGGCCAGACAUUCAUGGUCAUUGGUGCGGCGGGCGAACUGCCCAAGCCGCCUUCGACCCCGACAGUGUUUCUUGAAGACAUGGACGACAGCGAACUCGCACAAGCACUCGCGUUGCCCGUUGGACUUGUCAACCUCGGCAACACAUGCUACAUGAACGCAACCGUGCAAUCGAUGCGCGCGAUCCCAGAGCUGCAGGCCGCUCUCGAUGCGAGCGCGCCGCCAGGUCUGCCCACUGCGCUCCGGGGCCUGUACAGCUCAAUGCGUAGUACGACUGACGCCGUCACACCUGCGCCCUUCCUGAACGCUCUCCGGCAGCAGUUUCCCCAAUUUGGAGAGCUGGCCCGUGAAGGUUCUGGCGCGCAAAAGAGCCUCGGGGGCGCGAUGUAUGCUCAGCAGGAUGCGGAGGAGUGCUGGACACAACUCACCCAUGCGUUGAAGGACGUGCCUGGCCUCCCGGACUCAGCAAACCGCAAGUUUGUGGAGCAGUUCAUGACUGGCGAGAUCACGAGAGUUCUAAAGUCUGACGAAGCACCAGAGGAGCAACCCUCGAUAACGAUCGAGCGCGUACUUAAAAUCGAAUGUAACAUCACAAUCAACACCAACUAUAUGCACAAUGGAAUUUUGAAUGCCCUGGAUACUACGUUGACCAAGACUUCACCGUCGCUUAAUCGCGAGGCAGUGUACAAGAGCACGUCACGCCUGAGUCGAUUGCCGACCUACCUGACGGUACACAUGGUCCGCUUUGCAUGGCGCCAAGAUAUCAACAAGAAGACGAAGAUCAUGCGCCGCGUGAAGUUCCCACUCGAUUACGACGGGUCGGACAUCGCAACGGAUGGCCUGCGCGAGAAGCUCUUGCCCUUGUCGCGCCGGCUGAAGGAGCUCGAGAAAGAGCGCGCGGAGCGGCGUAAGGUGCGUAAGCGGACCAAGACCGGGCAGCCUGCCCCGCGGGAUGGCGACGUCGAGAUGCGCGAUGCGGAUGCAGGUGCACCUGCGGAGGGCGGCGAGGCUCCUGCACAGCCAGAGGUGGAGUUGCAAGACGAGGGCGUGUACCGCGCGAAGGAGCGUGAGGAGCUCGAGGCGCUCGUCCACCCCGACCUUAAGGCCGACAUUGGGUGUAGCGUACAUGGGCUGUACGAGCUCAUCGCGAUUGUGACGCACAAGGGCGCUGCGGCGGACGCGGGGCACUACAUGGCAUACGUCAAGAAGCGCGCAUUCCACCCCGUAUCGUAUAUCUCUGCAACCUCAGGCGCGGGCGAAGCAGGUGCAGCGGCACCAUCGACGACGACUGUGACCUCGCCGGAGCUGAAGCAGGACAUCGACGAGGAUGACGAAGACUGGUAUAAGUUUGACGACAACAAAGUGAGCGUGUUCCCCGUGGACAAGAUCCCGACGCUCGAAGGUGGUGGCGAGGACUCGAGUGCAUACGUAUUGCUCUACCGCGCGCGGCCGCUGGCGUAAGCACCGAUGUUGGACGCGCAGUGAAGAUACGGAGAAAUGGCGGAGACACCUACCUGAGUGCCGGGGCUCAGGCUCGGCGUGUAAUGUUUUUGUGUCGGAUAAGUGUGGGCAGAAAAUAGCUAGAUGAACAAGAGGCAGCUUCGCUACGCUACGCAAUUAACGUUCUCUCGGCGACCGUGCUCGUGGCAGCUGAUCUCGUGGCAGCUAUUUUUGUGACUGGUGUCUUCGUGGUCAGUGUUUCACUUGGUCGCGGAUCGCCUGGACUUUCCCAUCGCCAGGGCUUAUGUGAGUUCCGGUUCCGGGCGCUCAAAGAAUU